AUGUCAGCGUCGUAUGCUAUAUACACGUCGCCGAAUCACCCACUGGUGGCUUACCAUCUUCCUACGCUGAUUGUCACGCCAUUUGGCCAGCCGCAACAUAUUUUGUAUUCGUACGUGCACACGAACUACAACAAUGAGUCGUACCUGCUUACGCCGUCGAUGAUGGGUGAGCUAUGUGUGGCCAAGGCCAUUCCUCCACCAGGCUCGCGCCGUCUCGGCGGUCCGCCCGCGCCUCCCACGACCGAGCGCAAUGUGUAUUGCGAGGCGUCGCGCAACUUGAGAUGGACCAUCAUCAACACGGGUAUCAACGCGCCUGUAUACAAAUUGACGUUGCCGAACCCGGACAUGCCUGGGCAUGAUCAGCCCCUAUUCCAGAUUUCGAAGCCGAAUCCAAAUGAUACGUGGUGGACCAUGUUCUACUUCACAUAUGGGGGUCAUCAGCUUCCGCCCAAACGGAUUGAAUUUGGGCGCAUCCAGAAAAAUGCGACGGCUUCGAGCGGUGGUGGGUCAGGCACACGUGUCACGAUUACUGGUCGUACGCCGGAGCAGCAGGCUGUGUGGCAUACCCUUGGUGAGGGUAACGAAGACAUGGUUGAGUGGAUCGUGAUUUUUGCUGCGCUCAAUCUCAUUGAUGAAGAAAUCGUACGCGCCGCUGCGCGAGCGACGCUAUCUGACAAGCCGCUGCAGGCAUCGACGCCUGCGUCGCAGCACACGCCAAGACCAGCCACAGCGCAGCCCCGCGCAGCGGUGGCCCAGACACAGGGCGCCACUUUUAUGGCUAGCGGUACCAGGACUCAUCCCGUGCCGGGCUCAGCGGCGGCCAAGGGACGUAAAGGCGGCAGGGGUCUCUUUGGCCUGAAAAAGGCAUGA